ACACCAUAUGCAGGUGAUAAUGGGAUAUUGCUACACAAAUAUGGGAAGUUGACGAUGGAGAAGCUGAAAUCAUCCCGUUUGUCAUACAGUUGAGUUGUCAGUUUGCCGUUAAUGUCUACUUUCAAUAAAAUAUCUAAGUAUGAAGCAGAAGUGUACGACUCUGUGGUGUCCUUUAUUUCGAGCUCACAGGGAUAUAUCAAAUCGACAUAUGAAUGAAAGCUAUCAUUGUUAAUAGACAAAACGUCAUCGAUAUAUCUUAAAUCCGAAUUGAAGGUCACAGCGAGAAAUUUUUUCUUCUCACGUAGAAGUUUUUGAAUAAAUACUAGAUAUAGAUAGUACUACAUCAAUACAUUAAAUAUGUUUUCAAGUAAUAUAACUCUAUUUUUCGUAGAUCAUGCCUCCCAAAAGGAAGGCAGUGGGCACAAGAUCGGCCUCGAAAAAAUAAAGGCCUCCGGGAGUUUCCUCGACAGUGGUUGACACGAACACCACCAUUUCAUCUUCCGAGAGCCCGAGUCAGAGUCUCCCUCAGCAACUACGAUCAGCUGGCGGCGGCCAUCAUUAGGCAAUCAAGGCCUAUUGAAACACCACAGACUUGCAUGGAGAAUCCACAGUUUCCUUCUGUCAGUCCAACAGUAGCAGCAGAUCAACAACAGACAGGUUACUUUUCUGUACCCGGUGGUCAACAAUCCACCAGUGCUACAGGAAUCGGGGCGUUGUUGGACCAGGGUUUUUUUUAGGUGAGCCAGCAAGAUUUUCAAUGAAGUUAAUGAGUUGUUUGGAGUAACGAUGAAAUCAGAUGCAAGUAUUUCUUCAUCAUUUCAACAAGGAAGCACUCAGUCACCAUACUUGAUUUGUAAUCCCUAAUGUUUGAGCAUUAAGGUAAAUGACAAAUGUUCACAAAAAUCAGUAUUUUUUCUAAUACACAGUCUUGUUUUAUUAUAAUACAAAAUACUUGAAAUGUAUCAGGCAUAACAUGGAGGAAUCACAUCGUAAUAAAAAAAUAAUUUCUCUAACCUGUUACCAUAACAUAGAUGUGCGCAUUAUUGUGUGUGCAUGCGUGUGUUGUGUGCGUGCAUGCGCGUGUUGUGUUCGUGUGUGUGUUUUCCAUAGCUUGCGAAAUAUCAAUAUCACAUUUUUUAUCAAAUUCGCUGUUUUCAGUGAGCAAAACGCUCUAAAAUAUUUUUAGUGAUUAGAAACAAUUGAAACCAAAUAAUACUAUCAAAAACUCGGUAAUAUUUCGAUAUUAGAAAUGCAGCUUCCUAGAUGAAAUCUACAAAAAUUAAGAAGUCCUCCACUCUUGACCAUUUUUAAAGGAAAUCCGUUAAAAUCAAAACCAUCGAUAUUUAUUCAAUAUUCGCCAAGAUAAAUAUGGACGUAACUACUUAUAAAGAACACACAUUCACUGUGGUGAGAGGGUAGACGGGGGAGUGGUCAGGUACUGAUCAAGAGAUGUGGGAUGUCAAGGAAAAGUCAGGGGUAAUACUCCGUCAAUACUUUCUUUUUUCAGCUGAUCAUAGUAUCCAGUUCAAAAAAAAAUAAAACAGAGUUAUUUUUCUUUGUUUUUAAAUAUAGUCGCAUUCAAAUAUUUUCAUUUCAUUAUUCACUAUGGGUUUAAUUUCGCGGAAAAAAGAUAAAUCGUGAACAUAGUGAAAUUAAAACCACCGUGACUAUUUCCCAAUCUACAGUAUCAAAGAACUUUUUAAUGUAUAGGGAAAAGUAGCCAGGUAGAGAUAUUGAUAGAUGGUAUCGGUAUCAUAAAAUCAACACACUCACUAUGUGUGAAGUCUAGACUGAUCACGGCUGGUAAUUUCCUGAACAUCUCCAUGAGAGUGUACCGAGUGUUAAUAUUCUUUUGCGUUACAUGCAAACUUCAUAUACAUGUACAUGUGAUUACACUUCCCUGAAAUCGUUGUCCAUGCGCGUGUUAAGUGAGUUAUCAUUUGUAUGUACAUCGUGUAAAUCGUAGUUCCUUGCCAUUGAUAGCUGUAUAGAUAAGAUAAUCAUUGUAGUACUGAUCAUAUGUUACAAUCAACGCCAUGAGUGUAGCUAUGUUUUUCGUCAUUGUUUGCGCAAUUUUCUCCUCUUUGUUUCAAACGACAUUGUCUUCUGAUGAAGAGGAAAAGAAACGAAUUCUUUUAAAUGACCCAACCUUGAUGGACCAACGUCUUGCUCAUUUAGAACAGUUCACACAAGAACAGGCCGCAGAAAACAAGCGUCUAAAAGGUUUAGUGCAAGACCUGGAAUUGAAGAUAACAACUAUGCAACAAGGGUUUAAAGGAAAUGGAGCUACCUUUACGCGCUGGGGAAAAGAGUCGUGUCCAUCUAAUACAUCAUUAGUUUAUUCAGGGUACUCGGGUGGAGGCUGGUUUAAUACCAAAGGAAGCGCUACUAACUACCUAUGUAUGCCCCAAUCACUCAUACACUCUACCAAGACAGGAAGCUAUGGAAAUCAUAUCUGGGGAGUAGAGUACUAGGACAAUGUGUGGAAAGAUCACUCACAUAAUGAAGACGCCCCGUGUGCUGUAUGCGAAAGUACCGGAAGCACAAGCGUUCUAAUGAUCCCCGGAAGAGAUGUAUGUUUCCCAGGCUGGAAUAAACAGUAUGAUGGAUAUAUAGCAACGGGAUACUCUGGUCAUGAUUCUGCAAAGGAAUAUGUCUGCGUGGAUAGUGACGCCGAUUUUGUAUAUGGGGGACAUCGUGAUACGGACGGCGCCCUGUUUUACUCUGUGUCAUACACCUGUGGUGCUUUGUUAUGUCCGCCAUAUAUUGACGGAAAAAUCGCCAACUGUGUUGUUUGCACGAAAUAAAAAAGAAUAAUCCUCA